AUGGAGUCAUCAUUGUUUAGGCUAAUAAAGCCAGCGCCACUGACUGAACCAGUUAGUUCUCGAAUUGGUUGCAUCUACAUGUAUCGGGCCAUGUGGCUAAUGGGCUGGCUGCCACCAAAAGAUGGUCUAAUACGCUAUCUGUACACCUGCUGGACCUUUGUUACGUUCGGCUUUGGAACAGUCUAUCUGUCCGCAGGAUUUGCCAUGAGCUAUGUGCUGGAGUUCAGCAACUUUACGCCCGAUGAGUUUCUCACCUCAUUGCAGGUGGCCCUCAAUGUGUUCGGCACCGCGGUAAAGGCCACUAUAUUGUACCGUAAUCUGUGGCGUCUCACCAAGACAGAGGACAUAAUGGAUGGCCUGGACAAGCGGGCGCGGAGCGACAGUGAUCGCCAGAAGAUGCACCUUAUAGUGGCGCGCAGCAAUUUGGUCUUUCUGAUCUUCACCAUAGUAUACUGUGUCUAUGUGGGCUCCACAUUUCUCUCCUAUGUAUUCAGCGGCAGGCCGCCAUGGUCAGUGUACAAUCCGUUUCUUGACUGGCACAAGAGCACGCGUAAUUUGUGGAUACAAGCGAUCUUUGAGUAUAUCAUAAUGUCCUUUGCGGUAAUGACAGAUCAAUUGGCGGACACAUAUCUGCUUGUAUUCCUCAUAAUAAUUCGCGGACACUUCGAUGUGUUAAAGGAUCAUGUGCGCAAUCUACGCAUGGAUCCCGACAUGUCUGAGCAGGCCAACUAUGAGGAGAUAGUCAAUUGCAUCAAGGAUCACAAGAAAAUUAAGGAAUGCUGCAAUAUGCUACGCCCAGUAAUAUCGGGCACAAUAUUUGUGCAGUUUGGACUCAUUGGCUCCGUCUUGGGUCUGACCCUGAUCAACGUAUUCUUUUUUUCAAAUUUGUGGCGUGGCCUGGCCUCGUUCAUGUUUGUCGUGGCGGUACUCAUGGAGACGUUUCCCUUCUGCUAUACCUGCAAUUGGCUCCUAGACGACUGCGAUGACUUGUCAAACGUGCUUUUUCAAUCUAAGUGGAUUGAUGCAGAGCCUCGUUAUAAAUCCACACUGAUUCACUUCAUGCACCAAGCUCAACAGCCCAUUAUGUUUAUGGCGGGUGGCAUUAUUCCCAUCACAAUGAACAGCAAUAUCAGCGUGGCCAAGUUUGCAUUCAGCAUUAUUACUAUAGUGCGUGAAAUGAAUCUUGCUGAACAGUUUAAAUAA